AUGCGGUCAUUUGCGAGAGCGUUGCGCCCCGCGGUCCGAAGAAGCCAGGCGGUGUCUGCUCCCAGGUUACGGAGCGGCACGGCCUUCUCUGCCGUCCAGACUACUCGCCCGCUCUCCACGACCGCUGUUCGCCGGGACAUUUCUGACCUCAUCCCGACCCCGAUCACGCACCUCUCUGAGGUCGAGUCGGCCAUGGCCGAUUCGGUGCGCAAGUUUGCCAAUGAGGUUAUCUUGCCCAAGGUCCGUGACAUGGACGAGGCCGAGCAGAUGGAUCCUGCGAUUGUGGAGCAGUUAUUUGAGCAGGGCUUAAUGAGCGUUGAGAUUCCUGAGGAGUAUGGCGGUGCCGGCAUGAAUUUCACUGCUGCCAUUGUCGGCAUUGAGGAGCUUGCCCGUGUCGACCCGUCCGUUUCGGUCAUGGUCGACGUCCACAACACGCUCGUCAACACUGCCGUUCUUAAGUGGGGCAGCGAAGCGCUGAAGAAAAAGUACUUGCCCCGUCUUGCCACCAAGACUGUCGGCUCUUUCUGCCUAUCGGAGCCCGUCAGCGGUUCGGAUGCCUUCGCCCUGGCUACCCGGGCCGUCGAGACGGAGCACGGCUACAAGAUCAAUGGCAGCAAGAUGUGGAUCACCAACUCGAUGGAGGCCGAGUUCUUCAUCGUUUUCGCCAACCUUGACCCCAGCAAGGGCUACAAGGGCAUCACUGCCUUCAUUGUCGACAAGGGUAUGAAGGGCUUCAGCAUCGCCAAGAAGGAGAAGAAGCUGGGCAUCAAGGCGAGCAGCACGUGCGUCCUCAACUUCGACGACGUUGAGGUUCCCAAGGAGAAUCUGCUUGGUGAGAAGGGCCAGGGUUACAAGUACGCCAUCUCGCUGUUGAACGAGGGCCGCAUUGGUAUCGGUGCCCAGAUGACCGGUCUGGCUCUCGGUGCCUUCGAGAACGCGGUCAAGUACGUAUGGAAUGACCGUAAGCAGUUCGGCCAGCUGGUUGGCGAGUUCCAGGGCAUGCAGCACCAGAUUGCCCAGGCGUACACCGAGAUCUGCGCCGCCCGCGCUCUCGUGUACAAUGCUGCCCGCAAGAAGGAGGCCGGCGAGGAGUUCGUAAAGGAUGCCGCCAUGGCCAAGCUCUACUCUUCUCAGGUUGCCGGUCGCGUUGCCAGCCUGGCCGUCGAGUGGAUGGGCGGCAUGGGGUUCGUCCGUGAAGGCCUGGCCGAGAAGUUCUUCCGCGACAGCAAGAUUGGCGCCAUCUACGAGGGCACGAGCAACAUUCAGCUCAACACUAUUGCCAAGAUUCUCCAGAAGGAGUAUACUCAAUAG